AAUACACCAACCCCAUUUAAAACCAAUCCACAGGGUUAUACCGUAGAAGACACGAACUAGAAUGAAAAUAAGGAAUACUUUUAGGUUACGCGGUUUGUCGAAACGAACACGGGGCGGUCAACAAGUUGGAGGAAGUUGGCAUGAUGCAAUUGCAAUGCCGAGUGAGCAGCGUUGGGUGGGAGAGACGACUAGACGCGCAAGCGACGCAAUACAUGGUCUAAGAUGUAAACGGGCCCAGAAUAGAGGAGGCUUCAGGGUCUGGGCUUUUGCCUUUGAUGGCUUUUCUUUUGGUUCAAGAACUAUGUUUCGUGGUUUCAAUUCACGGCAUUCCUUUCUCAGCUAGCAAGUCUCUGGCUGCCUUCUCCCUUUGACGAUUGUUAUAUAUUUACUAUCCUCGCUGGUUCUUCCCAACCUGUGCAAGCAAAUUCUCCCGUCCUUGGUCUCAAUUCUGUUCCCCUCUUCUCUGUGAACCUGCAGACUUGAAAAGUCUGUCUGGCUUGUUGGCAUUUUUCUUAUAAAGCAGCUGAAAUAUGAAACUCGCAGUCUUCACGCAGCUCCUCAUCACUCUCUCUCUGGUGUUAGCCACCGGCAUUACAGCGGAUCCCGACCUUCUUCAAGAUCUCUGUGUUGCCAAUCUUAGCUCCGGGGUGAAAGUGAACGGGUUCGCCUGCAAAGACUCUUCAGAGGUAAAUGCCAUGGACUUCUUCUCCGACAUCGCGGCCAAACGAAAAGCCACCAACAACACGUUUGGCUCAGUGGUAACAGGAGUCAAUGUUCAAAUAAUUCCAGGACUCAACACUCUAGGCGUGUCCCUGUCUCGCAUAGACUACGCCCCUGGUGGCCUCAACCCUCCCCACACCCACCCACGCGCCACCGAGAUGGUGUUUGUGCUUGAGGGUCAACUAGACGUGGGCUUCAUAACCACAGCCAAUAAGCUCAUAUCAAAGAGCAUUAAGAAGGGUGAGAUAUUUGUGUUCCCAAAAGGCUUAGUUCACUUCCAAAAGAACAAUGGCAGGGUUCCUGCCUCUGUCAUCGCAGCCUUCAACAGUCAAUUGCCCGGAACACAGUCCAUCGCCACCACCUUGUUCGCCGCCUCGCCGCCAGUUCCAGACCAUGUAUUGACCCAGACAUUCCAGGUCGGUACCAAGAUGGUCGACAAAAUCAAGCGUAGACUCACGCCCAAGAAGUAGAAGUGGAAGCUGACGGGGGUGGUUGGUGAUCUGUCUUUCUAAUCUUUGUCACUUUGCAAUUUUUUCUAGGUUGGAAUUCACGAGUUUGAGCAAUUCACAGUGCUUCUGUUGACUUGUUUUGUAUGCCCUAUUAUUGUUUUCUGCAAAGAAAUAAUGCAUUGAAAGGUGCCAUCCCCACUUCAUGUCUUUUCCACAGGCUAAGUUACAAAAAGAGAUAAAAGGAGGACACUUAGAGCUUUGGAAUUGGUAUAUCAUGGUGGGUAAGGAUAAUCUUUUUUUUCAUGGGAAUAUAUUGACGCCUCCUUUCUGCUGGUA